AUGAAUACGGGAACGAAACUGGUACUUGUUUUAUUUUUCAGUCUGUAAGAACAACUGUCUUCUUCAUUUUUAGUAGAGAUCAAAUGAAUACCGGAACGAAAUUGGUAUAGACUUCUUGCCUUCAACUUCAUGUUCAUUAGUCGAAACCAGAUGAAUAAGAAUGCGCGAUAUGCAUAGGUUUAAACAGCUGAGAUGUCCCAGUUGUGCCGUCCAUUCACUCGGACCUGUUGAGCACGUGUGAUGCUUCUCUUCUCAAUUGAAAAAAAGGAGUGGUGGUUGUGUAGCAGGCAUGCAAGUGUAUGUACUAUUGUUUCAGCCUAAACUGCAGAGUCACAACUGCAACAUGUUGGCAAUCCUUUUUCUACAUAGUUCUGAGAAGCUUUUAGAACAACCCUUAAUCUUCAACUCUAUUAGUCUUCAACUCUACUUCCAGUAUCCAAAUCCAUCCUCCAUACUUCACGGCAAAUAACUACAGGUUAUUCGCGAGAGUCUUCCAAAUGCACGUCCCUCUACAAUUCGCCCCAGGGUAGAUGCAGCCUAUCAACCUCCAUCUAGUACGAUGGUAACCAGCAUCAAAGAAGAACCUGAUGCUGAAUUGGAUUAUGGACCUUGGACCUGGUUCUCAAUGAAGAUUUCUUGAGCUCUUCUAGCCAAGAUGAAUCCUUCAUCAUGAGUUAGUAGUUGUAAACAACGUACAGAAAUUACUGUUGAUUAGUGUUAGUAACACAAAGAAACUGUUGAGAGUUCUUCAAAUCUGACGUGUGGUCCUUGUUCACCACCAUGACCAAGUAGUCCACAGCUUUAACGUAAAGUUGACAGCAGUAGGAGUCCUAUGAAAGGAGCCUCAGGUGCGCGAUCGACAGGAGGAAGACGCGAAGAUUCUGCGUCGUCGAAAAACGCAAGAUAUGAUGAAUAGCUUUGUGUUUGUCCGCUGUUUAGUAUCCAGCUUCUAGUGCCAUAUCGUACUAGUAGAGGCUGCUAGAGUCUUGAAAAGGGUCGUGUUGGCCUUUAUUUCAAUGCUGUUGACUUACUAGACGUGCUUCCUUCGAACUUGAUCAUUGAAAUCGAUCAUUAUCUGACCUUCAUUGAAAUCAAAAUCAAAAUCUUUCAUACCCUCCCUACCAAGUCUGCAAUUGGAGGCGCGACGGUUCGAUUUGCGGCAGGAGCAGAACGUGGGAAACAGGAAAGUUCCAACCAAAAAUUCCAACAACCUUCUUUCGCUGACAAAACAAUCAGUGAGAAGUUUCGAGCUCUAAGGCUUUCUGCUCGUGCUCUUAUCCAUCUUGUUUCUCCAGACGAAUUACAAUUAGGGGGUUGAUCUGCAAGGAGAGCAGGAUUAUACUUGUAGUUGUAUUUGUCAAGAUGAAUCAUAAUUAGGGUAGAAAGCCCUAAGCCCUGCGGAUGAUCUGCCAGCAAUUCACGACUUCACAGAUAGGAACUUUCGGCUGGUCGGCACACGUGAGGUCUGGGACGCUUUGGACAGGGACGAAGGUGGCAGUAUCUCCAUUCGAGAGUAUAUUGUUAUGCUUCGAGAGGUACAAGUUUCAUCACCUCUAGCAAGCCGCUAAUGCACCUGCAGCGCCUUCCAUACGAAGAGCAUGUGAAUUUCUAUCCCCGUGAUACCCUAACCCUUGUUGACAUGAAACAACUUCACCUUGUACAACUUCACCUUGUUGUACAACAUCAACUUGUGCAACAUACUCUUGUUGACGUGAAACUACAACCUCAACUUGUACAACUUCACCUUGUACAACUUCACCUUGUACAACAUCAACUUGUACAACAUACCCUUGUUGACAUGAAACAACUUCAACUUGUACAACUUGUCGUCCCAUCGUCGAACGAAGGCAUGAAAAACUAAAACAGUCACUAAUUGAAUAUCAAAAAUAUUGGUGUAUGAAAUAGAUUGUAGGUUAUUUAACUUCACUGACUUACCUCGCAGUUAUAGAUUAGCUAAUCAGAGACGCACACACUGAAAUAAGGAGGGAGAGGUUUUUGGUAGCAUUGUUUUAUACUAACGCUUAGUAUAAAACAAUGCUACCAACUACUCCGUGAUGAAAGAAGUGACUAGACUAAAAUAUUACUUAGACCAUGAUCAUGGAUGUAGUUCUUCUAAGCAAACCGCAAUUCGUCGAUACCGUUACAGUCGACCCAAUCGCUUUGUCCUCUUCAACCUGAUCAAUGAAGACGGUGGCGAUAUAUCCAAAGAAGAGUUUCUUGAGGGCAUGGAGCGGUUGCAAUUAUGCUGGCUGGAGGAAGAGGAUAGAAGUAGAAGGUUCUUUAGUAUCCUUUCUUGAUUAACAAGACUAACUGCGUCAGCUUGUUCUCUACCCUUUCUUGAUUAAGACUAACUACAACUGGGUUCACACAAGACGUAGAAGUAGACUUUCUUAGAUGGAAAUCAACAUGGUCGUAAGACUGAGAGUCUCAGACAUCAACAUCCACACAUUUUUUAAAUGUAAUGAUCGACGUGAUCCCCUAUACUUACCUAAGUCUCUUUAGCGUGCUCUCUUGCUGCAGUGCGGUGAUGCUGGUGGAGGUAAGAGGACUCAAAAUCAGAAGUCAUCAGUUCUUCGCUGCAAAGCCUAUUUUUACUGUCUCUAUGCCUCUAAUGAAACGGAAAGCGUUUAGUCAUCGAACUUCUGGAUUCGAUAGGAAGGAUGCGAAGGUACCUCCCAAAGGGAGUGGGGGGAAUACGACUGCGGCAGAAGGGAAUUUAAGGCUCCAUCUUGGUACAGGUAUACUACACAGGUGAAUAUUAAAAAUUCAAGUUGGUUCUAGAGGACCCCACGCCAGUAGAAAAGAGUCAUGACCAGUAGAAAAGAGUCAUAACACCACUAGAAAAGAGUCACACCAGAUAAAAAUUGAAUGCAUACCUCACACCAGUAGAAAAGAGUCAUGCGGGAGAGUAACCGGAAGAAUGAAGAAUCAGGCGCUUGGUGGACUAGAAGAUCUUCUGUAUCUCUAGUAUCUUCUAAAAGUCGAUAGCAUUUCGUCACCUGCAUCCUUGAAUAGCCUUUUCGCUGACCGCACCAGAGAGGAGCCAGAACAGGAGCACACUGCUACAUCUUCAAACGCCGGUAGUAAAGUUAAGGGUAGGCUAAAGGUGCUUUUCUUGCCGCUUUUUAUGCCUCUCCUAAGGGAGAAAGGCAUAAAAAGCGGGGUAAGCGAGAACCAAAAACCUACCUCUAAUAAAGGUCGUGGUCCUGCUGGUCCUGCGUCGACGCACCGUCGUGCUUCCUCGAUAAAGAAUCGUAGAGGUAGCAGAGAUUCCUCGGCUUCCUCCUCUGCCAGUGAAAACAAAGCGCAUGUUAUGACUUAAUAAGGAACAAAGACAACAUGGUACAACUGGUACUCCGUAGACGAGAUCGGGAUGAUGAAAGCAUACUCCCUAGUACAGGCACACUAUUAAGCAUACAACCGAAUACCACUAGAAGACAAUUGACGAUGUGGUCUCUCUCAUACACCAUGACCACGAGGCAGCAUCAGAGAGGAUUGUGAACCGUGAGGAGUCGGAUUCCGGUGAAGAUGGAGCGGAUGAAGAUUCGCGCGCCUCCUCUUCGUUUAGCGAAGCUGCGAGUUCUUAAGGCCUUAACUUUGAACCCGAACCGUCUCUAAGAAGUACUAAAGCUAAUAUAACAUGAGUAGGACUUCUAUCAUGCUUAUUUAUAAUAUUCACACAAAUAAGUGAAACUAGCACAGAUGAACCAGGAAUGAGCCUGAAGAUUCAGGGCUCAAAUUGAAAUGAUGUGGGCACGGGCAGCACCAGCACGGGAGUCGGUGAAGAGUUCUACUCUAAGAAAUUACUUCGUCCUCACGUGGAGGAAUAAUGAGGGCUGGAGACGACGGUGGCCUUCCAGUAGACUCGACAGUGACAAUAGCAUCUUCAGACGCCAAAUCAGAAGAUGAGCAAGCGUCAGAAGAUUAAGGGUUACCGAAUUACAUCCCGCACUAGUGCAAUCCUUGGCCUUUUUUCAAGUGGAAAAUCGGUGAAGGAAGUUCUGAAGAAUGUAACUCGGAAACCUUUAAGAAGAGCGGGGUAAAGGAGCACGUGCAACUGCAGGAGUAGAAGCGGAAAGGAGAAGACAGCCUUCUUUUUAAGAUGAAUGAUUUGUAAUUUUUACCUGGAGAAGAGUAGUUCACUAGUCAUGAUUCAUUCAGGCACUAAGUUUUUACCUGCUCGAGCGGUGUUGUCCAGGCCCCUCUACUUCUUGGACCACUUCAUCCGACUAUCUUCUGCAUGCAUUUACUUGUGCGAAUGCAGUAGAUCGGAAGUAUUUGGUGUCUCCACAUUCUACAUUAUUACUUCAAGUUGUUCAAGAACUAGUUGUAUGGGUUAGAAGAAGCUAUUUAGUUUAUUCUCCAAGUACUAAUAUCAAUUUGAUCAAGGUUUACUCAGGUGCUACUUCUUCAUUGUUUACCGAAGAAGUUCUUGGUCUAGUAUUACGUAGUAGAGAAUGAUAAUGAACGUGAACCCCGCCCACUUACUUUUCACGAGCACGACCGUGUUGUUUUUUCAUUCAUAUUUCCUUUCAGUAUCGCGACUCCACUUUUUUUUUGCGUGAGGACUCACUUGUUGCUCUAAUCCUCAAGAAUAGCUGCAUCCACGAAAGCGAUGAAAACAAGACUCAUUAGACGGGAGUCGAGGGAGCGGAAAACAGUGAUGUGGGCUCAAACGCUAAACUUUGAGGAUUUUGCUCUCUCCGAGUCCGAUGAAGAAGACGGAGAGAACAUGGUCUUCUUGUAGAAUGAAUCAGGGGAAAAAGAAACUCCUGCAGAGAGCAAGAGCAUAUUACUGUGGUACUAUAAACAAGAGGAAGCUGAGAGCCGCGGCGACCAUGGUCUUCCUCGUAGAAAUCAGGAGAAGAAGGAGGAAAAUCCGUAUUCCUGAAGGCACUAGAGGACUGUGGAGAAACCGAAGUGAAACACUAGAGGACGGUGGAGAAACAUGAGCUUUCUUGAAAGCGAAACAAUUGUGGAAUAAAGUUAACGUCUUUUUGAAGAAAAUUAAAUCUCGUGCUCGUCUCAGCAAUCCUCCAUUUCAAACUACAAAAUAGAAUAACAGAUGAAAGAACAACCCGAAGACACACUACACGAUUAGUAGCUCCUUCGGCUGUCGUGCUCGUGGCUUCGUCUUCUGCAUACAAUGUACAACCGGUGUCCUCCAAACUAACUUGUUGCACAAAUACAACGUGAACAGAGCAUCUUCAAACUCAAUCAAUGCCAAUUCAUCCGCUCACUUUUGUUCAAGUCCUUGCUGAGUCGUUCGUUAGUAAAUGUAAAUGUGACUUAAUGGUGGCCCUAAUGCUUCAGCGUACCACUUCUGACGUCAUGUUGUUCAUGCUUGAUGAUGAUGUGCAUAUGGUGAUCAUGUAUCAUUUCCGGUUCUACUUCGUUUCGCAGGCCCGUGCCUCGAUAUCUAAAUCUAUGUCGUUAUUGCUUGGUCUUCGUGUUUCAGUUACUUAAUUGUUAGUCUUUCAUAUUAAUGCUUGUUAUCCUUUACUUAAUGUCAGCCUAUAUGCAAUUCUAAUCUUGGUCUUGUUAUUCAUUUACUUGAAAUCUCAUCUAAAAGUUCCUACAAGUAGUCAUUAUGAUUUUUGAUUUUGAUUUCUGAUGCACUUCCGGCACGAGUCAUUUUUGAUUAUGAUUUCUGACGUAACAACUCAUAAAUAUGCUAUUUUUCUUUCAGAUUCAAACCAUCUUUCUUCUGGUCGUCAUACUGUCAGUGAGAAGGGCCGCGUCCUUUCCUCGUCGUGUCAUUUUAUGUUAUCCGAUUAAGUGAUCGCAACCACUCUCAUUUUAAUUCUGUACAUCACAACGCACAACAAUCAGAUGAAUCAAUGACAAUGCACAGAGUAAGAAGUAUGGCUAUGUUGCAUGCCUAUGCGUAUCACGACCUUUUUUACAUUACGAGAUACAACAGCAAUGAGAAUGAAUUACGACGAUAAUCAUCAGGUGGAGUAAAAGAACUUCGGCAAUAUUGUUGGCAAGAUGCGCGACCUUCUCACCUUCAAUACAGCCUCGAGAGUAU